UAGCAUUAAGGGACCUAAUGUUAGCUCUGUGUACAGCAGGCUGAUAGGAGCACCGACCCUCCCCCACUCGGCUUUACCAGCUCCUCCUACUUCGGAAGUUAGCCAGCUAGCAGUAGCUGUCGCUGGUUUAAAGUAACGCAGACUGCUGGAUGAGACACAUUCAUCCAGAAAACACAAGAACCCGCCUUUAUGCGCCUUUAUGCGCCUUUAUGCGCCUUUAUGCGGCUUUAUGUGGCUUUAUGUGGAGCUUGUUUCGGGAUAUUACGACGUGAUGAGCAGCUAGCGAGCGGUCCAGAGCUAGCUGCAGCUAGCUGGUCGGCUACAUCACAGAGCUAGCCGGAGGAAGCCGCUCCGCCGACGAACAACUAACUCGGAUUUUUUGGCCUUUUUGACGUUUAUUUUCGUGUCAUACCGCCUUAAAUUCAACCGAGCUCGGUUUGUCCGUCUGUUAGGAUCAGUUAGGAGUGUGCGGGGCUUUGUGUGCGGGGUAUGUGGGUCACUGUAACCGACCGACGGUAGGUAUGUGGGUCAGAGGCUUCAGCGGGUUAACGUAUUAGCUGGAACAGCUGGUUAGCACCGUAGCUAGCAGGUUGCCCGACGGCAGAAGCUGUUUUCUGUCAGUAAUUUAAAGCAGAAAGGCAAAAAGGUGCAUGCACAUGAUUGUGUUAGUGAGGAUUACUCUGCAGCUUCCGUGGCUGAGGUUAACAUCGCGGGGAAUAUUUAACUUUUUCAUAUUCUGGAGACGCUAACCGACGUUAGCCACCUGGAGACCGAUAGCUAGCCGAGUUAACGAGCAGCGUCAGUAACCAGGAUCAUGCUGAGUGAGGAGUCGUGUUUCCUGCGCGUCUAGCCGGGCAGCAGCAGCAGCUUGGUGCCGACAGAGUGGACUGUUUCGGGGUUUGGUGAGAGGAGGAUGGCCUUUCACGGCGCCGGCCGGCAGACCGUCUGUGGAGACUUGUUUCCGGGCUCUGAGCUGGGCCACAAGUAUUUCUGUGUCAACUCCUCCUGCGGAGCCCCCUCCACGGGCCUCAGCGCCACACCGUGCCUGACUGGACCCACCGCCCCGGCCGGGACCCCUCGCCACCCCACUGCUCUCGGAGGGAGCGCCGGCGGAGGAGCGGCGGUGCCUCAGCCCUACAGCAACCCGGCCAGCGAGGUGCCCAGCCCCGCGGAGAUGGAGCCAGACCGCCCCAUCGGUUAUGGCGCAUUCGGUGUCGUCUGGUCGGUUACCGAUCCACGCGACGGCCGCAAGGUGGCUUUGAAGAAGAUGCCUAAUGUCUUCCAGAACCUGGUCUCCUGCAAGAGGGUCUUCAGAGAGCUGAGGAUGCUGUGCUUCUUCAAACAUGACAACGUUCUGUCAGCUCUGGACAUUUUACAGCCUCCACAAAUCGACUGCUUCGAAGAAAUCUACGUGAUAACAGAACUGAUGCAGAGCGACCUCCACAAAGUGAUCGUGUCUCCUCAGCCACUCACCACCGACCACAUCAAGGUCUUCCUCUAUCAGAUCCUCCGAGGGUUGAAGUACCUGCACUCUGCUGGGAUCCUGCACAGGGACAUUAAACCUGGAAACCUGCUGGUCAACAGCAACUGUCUGCUGAAGAUUUGUGACUUCGGCUUGGCGCGGGUGGAGGAGCCCGACCCGUCGCGUCACAUGACCCAGGAGGUGGUGACGCAGUACUACAGAGCGCCGGAGGUGCUGAUGGGCUGCCGACACUACGGCUCGGCCAUCGACGUCUGGUCGGUGGGCUGCAUCUUUGCAGAGCUGCUGGGGCGACGCAUCCUCUUCCAGGCUCAGAGUCCCAUUCAGCAGCUGGAUCUGAUCACGGACCUGCUGGGAACGCCUCCUCUGUCGGCCCUGGCGUCGGCCUGCGAAGGAGCCAGAGCCCACAUCCUGAGGGGGCCGCACAAACCGCCGUCGCUGUCGGUGCUCUACAUGCUGUCUGACGGAGCCACACACGAGGCGGUGCACCUGCUCUGUCGGAUGUUGGUCUUUGAUCCUGCUAAACGGAUAUCCGGCAGCGACGCCCUCUCCCACCCGUACCUGGACGAGGGCCGUCUGCGCUACCACACCUGCAUGUGUCAGUGCUGCUACUCCGUGCCCAGCGGCAGAGUUUACACCCGAGACUUCGAGCCGGUCGCCGAGCGGCCGUUCAGCCACAGCUACGAGAACAGCCUGCUGUCUGUGUGGCAGGGAAAAGAGUUAAUCCAUCGCUUCAUCACAGAGCACCAGCAGGGCAAACGAGUGCCGCUGUGCAUCAACCCUCAGAGUGCUGCCUUCAAGACCUUCAUCAGGUCCACUGCAUGGCACUCCUCCAAGGUGUCCAGGAAGGAGGAGAGAUGAACGGUCCUCCUCUUCCUCUCGAGGAGCGGCAGCAGUGUGAGAAAGGAUUUCAUUGGCUGUGGCAUCUGAAAAAAAACAAAGAGUUUGGGUCUUUUUUUUUUUUAUUUUUUAAAUUUCUUUAAACCUUCUUUUCGUCUGCGGGGAUGCGGAGGAGAAACGACUCAUCCAACCACGAGAGGAGAAAACAUCCGACCCACCAGAAAACCCUCCUUGUGUUUUUUUUUUUUCUCCCAACGAAUCUGCAGAGUUUCCAGAAUACGACCUUUUAAACGACCCAAACAGCUGAUGCUCGAGGCGUUUUCGGUGCUGAAUUUAAAAAAAGAAGAAAAAAAAAAGAAAUGCUGCUGAAGUGCUCGAGGAGGAAUAAGAAAGAGGAAAAGAACUCGGUACUAGAUUGGAUUUUCCAUCUGCGUUAGUAGACAUUGAGAAAUAAUGGUUUUAAUUGUUUGGUAGAAUUAGUUGAUUUUGAAGUCAUUCCAGCCCCUGUGCAAUAUGGUUUAAUUAACUCACCUGUACACACUGAGCACGCUCGCUUGCCAACCGGACAGAUCAUCAGUGUGUCACACGCUCCCGAACGUAACCCACCAAAACAACACGGCGCAUUAACCGCCAAACACCUCCAAGGUUUUCCUUUUGUUUUCUGUUUUUUUUUUUUCAAACUGCAUUUGAACACAUCACUCACUGUGUUUCUGCUGCUCGGCGUCUUUCUGCGUCGACAGACGUCGGCAAUAAUGCAAUUUAACAGAUGUAGCAGGUUUCAACCACAGUCCCCCCCCGUGGUCCUCCUCAUACUGUUGUUGUUGCCGUCUGGUUCUGGAUCGAUGUCGUUCCACCACCUCAUUCACAUUCAGCAGGAAGGAGUUUAAUCAGGAUACAAAGCAAACAGGAAGUCAUUCCCCACAGUUGUUUUGUCAGACUGUGUUUUUUUUUUUUUUUUUAAUUAUGACAGGAAAUUGUGAUUUUUAAGUGUUAACGUCGGACAGAAAGAUGCCAAAACUACAAAUAUUUGGCUUUUUUUUUUUUUCUUUUUCUUGUUUUUAUCUCCAAAUGGUCAACGGCUUCUUCUACCCGUCUCAACUCGUAUUAUCUUCACACCGUGUGGACAUUUUUGUUUUCCUGCUGACGUCCUCGACUUUUUGUCCCGCCAGCGGAGCGAGAAACAGGAAGCGACGACGGCACUGAUGGAGUUAUUUUUCUUAUCUCUUAAUUUAUUGAGUGUUUGUUGAAGAGUGUUUGUCUCCACCCCUUCUUUUUUAGUUAGCAGCGACUCCUCCGCGGGUCCGCGGCGACCUCGGUUACCUCAAACCCUGGAAAGACAAAAAAAAAAGAACACUAUAUAUAAAUAAAUGUGCAUAUCUGUAAACUGAAACCCUCCCGUCACAACCUUUAACGUCAUUCCUCCAGAUUCUUUUACCUCGUGCUCGCUCCUCGUCUCUCACCCCGUCGCUCAGAAUCAGUGUGAGGUUUGGAGAGAAGGAUGUUGUCGGUGAAAUGCUGCUGUUUUAUUUUUUUUUUGUUUCUGUUCUUUGGGUUGUUUUAGUUCCUGUGUUUAGUUUAAGGCUCAGGUGUCCCGUUUUAAUACACUAAAAACUGUACAAAGCCACAUGAGGACGCUCCAGUAUUGAUCCCUGGUUUGGAUGAUCAGGCCUGAAAGCGGUGGCAGAUUCUAACACUAUAAGGAGUGUUUUAGUAGAAGAGUGUCGGCUCUCUCAUGGCGUGAUGUGAAUUAUAUCUGAAGAGGUUUCUGUCCUGUGACGACAAACUGAUGGAUUAUGUUUUAAACGUCAGACGCAGUGAGUCUGAUCUUUGGUCGUACUGAUGGUUUUUGGCACGUUUUGGCUCUUCAACUACACAUUGAGUCGACUUUACGUCCCUCAGUUCAGUUUUAGUUCGGUGAAAAUGAACUUGCAGAGAGCUGAAACUUGUUGCAGAUUGAUAAUCCAACGCACUGUAAGGAGUUUAAGACUAAUGAAUCUAUAUAAUCCACAUAAAUAAGACAUCAGAGAGAAUCCACAGGGGGUGCCAGUAUCAACACAACAUGAAAGUUCCCUGUUUUAAUUAUUAGCUCCAUAUAAGUGUCAGUAUUUUUCCAUCAUGAAAAUUUUUUUUCCAGGACUUUUGACUUGAACUCAUUAUUAUUAAUUAAUCGAUUUAUUUUCUGUCCAUCAAUUAAUCGACUAAUUGUUUCAGCUCUAGAGUUAAUGUUAAAACCUUUUUCUCUUCAUGAAUUAAUUUGAACCACGAACUCAUGGCAAACAUGGCACUGUGGUGCGUUCAAAGACGCUCAAACUGAUUUGUCUAAUGUGGAAAUUGUAGUCCAGAUUGUAAUUUCCCUGAAAGGUUCUGUAAGUGAUAUUUUUCUGUUAGAAUAAGAGUUAAAUUUCUCUUCACUGCCUUUCCACUGAGGCAGUUUGAGGGCUGGUUCUGACCCAGUGCCUCAUCUCAAACCAGUUCUUUGUCUUUAAACAGCUAAAAAAAGAGGCAGUAACGAACAGAUGGGAAGUUGGCUUAAAUGCUAACUCACUAGCAUCACCUUUUUAAAACAAACAUAGACUUCAUAUUAAAAGAUGUUUGAUUGAAACCAAUGAUUUUACUUCCUCUGAGUGAAUUGAACCAUUUGGUGGUGAAACAUCUGCAGAAAGUUUCCGCUCUGUGCUCGUUCACGGACUUUAAGAACAGACGUGUUACAGAAACCCGUCAGUACGCCGCUCUGGUUUCUGGUCACUUUGAGAUGUUCGGCCCAUUUUUGACUGCAGGAAUUUUUCCAGGAAUCUCUUUUUAGGAUCUCAGGAACUUUUAACCGAUGAGGGUCCGCUCGUGCCAACGGCGCCGGAGUGACGGCCGGCCACCUCAACACUCAAACAUCGCCACAGUUUGUCUCGUCACGCGUUCAGAUUCUGUCUCGAACCGGGCUGUUUAACCCACUUUUGGUUCAUUUUCCGUAAAUCUCACGACUGAAGGAACCUUUUAGCUCCGGGUUUAGUUCCUCCUCAGUUCCUGGAUCGUGUGUUUUUGGAAAGGUUGAGGUUAUUUUUGUUUCCUUUCUUCUUGUACAUGCCCUGAACCUCCAGCAGACGGGGGCCCCUGAGCCGCCGGGGGCCCCCUGAGCGGUUCCCUGAAACCUCAGCUCCUCUUCUACAGGAACACACAGCGAGUCUCUGUGAGCGGUUUAUCACUGAGGCUGCCAGAUUACCUGACUUGUAUAUCUGCAUGUGUAUAUUUAUUAUCCCAUGGAGAGCAUUUGGGUUUGAAUGCUGUGCAAUGGUUGAGUUUGUCAACGAUGACGAAAACGUACAUUUUUGUGGUAAUUUUUUUUAUUUAAUUCAUCUUAGGAAGUGAUUUUAUUAGAAGUUUUGUUUUUGUUUGUUGUGAUCUUAUUAGAUUUUUACAGAAACAAAAGAGUCGGGAGAACGUUUUCGAUGAUUGUUCCCUAAAAAAUAUUAAAAAAGCGAGUGAACCUCUGCAGCUGUCGCACUAAUAUUUUUAAUUCAUGGUUUUAAAAUAGUAAAGUUUCAUUUGGAUCAUAUAACUAAAACAUUACAGCCUGAAAUAAAACACAUUAGUGAAGAGUUAUUGGUAUAAUGUGUCCUCUGAUCAAUUAGUUCCCUUGAUUUAACAUUAAUUUCACACUGUGGAUCUACGGUUGGAGUUUGUGUAAACUUUGACGUUAAACAAUGAAUUCUGUGAUAUAAACUAUAAAAUUAGAGGCUGCAGCUGUUUAUAAUAAACCCUAAGCCCCGCCCCCCUGUACUUCCAUAUGCUACGUGCUAGCCUCGUUGAUGUUGAACAUUUUGAAGAUGGUUAAAAGAUAAAAUGCGACUAUAUUCCUGUUUUUAAGUUAGCUACUGUUGGCAAGAGUCUAAAUAAUCAGAUCUUAAGUUGGGAAAUGAUUAAACUAUUGAUUAGCUUGCUGAGAUUUCAGAUGUAACCAGCUAGCUAAUGAUUGAUGUAGAUUAGAUUAAUAUGUGAAUACGUAUUCCUCUUUAAACCAUCUUUAAAAUGUGGUGGUCUUUCCAGCAUAGGUUAGCCUAGCAUGUAGCAUACGUACGUACAGGAAAGGAGGAAGUGUGAUUGGAGCACAGGGCAAAAAGGGGCGGGGCUUAGGAAGGGUCAUCUGAUUACUUCUAUUGAUCAUUUAGUCCAUAAAAACCUGGACAUUGUCUCCUAGAAAUGAUGUUUAUAUUCUGAUUAAUCUCAAACUAAACGGAGAUAUUUGUGCUUUUAGGGAACAGUUGUCAGUAAUUUAGGGAACAAUGAAUCCAAACUUUUUCCCUUCGGGCCUUUUUCUUUUUCUUUUUCUUUAUUUUCUGUUGUUGUGUUAGUAGAGAUCCUUCCAGGUGAGGAACAGUUUUUAAACCAGGUGACCGACCUGCGUGUGGUCUUUUCCCUCCCUGCACACUGUUCAGAGAUCAGCUGACGAGUGCGUUCCCUCCGUUCGGGCCGACGGGCGCCGACGGUGAACUGACGCAGAGCGGGACGGACGGACGGACGGACGGUCAUCUUUAGACAUUAGACUCGUUUUUCUUCUAUGAAAAGAAACUUGAUGUUUUUAUUAUUCUAAAUAUGAAACUGAUGUUUUAAAACUGAUGUUUUGUCUUCGUUUUAGCAAAAAAGUUUUUCUUUGUUUGUUUUUUGACUUGUGUUCCCAACAAAUACUUGAAUUUCUUAAAAAAAAAAUGUUUAGAAAUAAAGUAGUGAAUGAUAAAUAAAUAAAUGGACACUGGAUAAUAUUCCUCUGCCAUGUUCAGAAGUUCUUUUCUCUCCUGAAUAAGAAGAUUCUCAGUUUGUGAAAUGAUGUUUGCUGACGGAUGUGGUUGUAAAUAAUUCUUAUUAAAUCUGUGAUUAAUAAAAACACUUAGAGCUGGAAAAGCAAAGAUAA